AGAUGGCGGCGGCGGCUCGUUGGGGGUGUCGGAAAUGCCUUUUAAAUAUAUGGCUCGCAUCUGGACAGUGUUCAGGGCCCACCCGCCGCAUCUUCUAUGUGCAUCACAGCAGCAGACCGGCCUUACAGCUUUACCAGUCCAGAUGGUAUUCUUCCGGGGGGCGGAAAGGCUUUAUAUCUGGCUUUGUGGAGAAUAUCAAACAGGAGCUGGCGAAAAACAAAGAGAUGAAAGAAAGUAUAAAGAAGUUCCGGGAUGAAGCAAAGAAGCUGGAAGAGUCGGAGGCUCUCCAGGAAGCGAGAAGGAAAUACAAAACCAUAGAGUCUGAAACGGUGAAGACUUCCGAAGUCAUUAAAAAGAAGCUUGGAGAAAUCACUGGCACAGUCAGAGAGAGCCUAGACGAAGUUAGUAAGAGCGACAUCGGGAGGAAGAUCAAGGAAGGGGUGGAGGAAGCAGCCAAGACAGCCAAACAUUCGGCAGAAUCGGUCUCCAAAGGUGGGGAGAAGCUGGGCCGGACUGCAGCGUUCAAGGCCAUUUCUCAGGGAGUGGAGACGGUCAAGAAGGAGAUUGACGAGAGCGUACUGGGCCAGACGGGGCCUUACAAGCGGCCGGAGAGACUGCGGAAGAGGACGGAAUUUGCAGGGGUGGGAAGCAAAGAAGAGCGGGUGUUCGAAGCCAACGAAGAGGCGAUGGGCGUGGUGCUCCACAAGGACUCCAAGUGGUCUCAGCAGUGGAAGGAGUUCAAGGACAACAACGUGGUCUUCAACCGGUUCUUUGAAAUGAAGAUGAAAUAUGACGAGAGCGACAACGCCAUUAUCCGGGCCUCGCGGGCCGUCACGGACAAAGUGACCGACUUCAUUGGUGGGCUGUUCUCCAAGACGGAAAUGUCGGAAGUGCUGACGGAGAUCCUCCGCGUCGACCCCACCUUCGACAAAGAUCGGUUCCUGAAGCAGUGUGAGAAUGAUAUCAUACCCAACAUCUUGGAGGCCAUGAUAACUGGAGAUCUGGAUAUCCUGAAAGACUGGUGCUAUGAAUCGACGUACAGCCAGCUGGCACAGCCAAUUCAGCAGGCGAAGGCCACAGGUCUUCGGUUUUCCUCCAAAAUCCUGGACAUCGACAACGUCGACCUGGCAAUGGGUAAGAUGAUGGAGCAGGGCCCGGUGCUGAUCAUCACUUUCCAAGCUCAGCUAGUCAUGGUGAUUGAGAACCAGCAAGGGGCCGUGGUUGAAGGAAAUCCGGACAAGGUCCUGCGGAUGCUGUAUGUUUGGGCCCUCUGCCGAGACCCUGACGAACUCAACCCGUACGCCGCCUGGAGACUGUUAGACAUUUCUGCUUCCAGCACAGAGCAGAUUUUAUGAGCGCGGCUCCCUCCUCCCGGGCCCACCUCGCUCGCAGCCCCAC